AUGAUGGCUCAUUUGAACUAUCGCAUGAAGGUGGCAUUACAAGACUCACGUACCUUUAUUGGAUAUUUCAGAGCUUUUGAUAAGCAUAUGAAUAUCUUGCUGUCGGAUUGCGAAGAGUAUCGGACGAUCAAACCGAAACCAGGAAAGAAAAAUACAGUGGAAGAGGAAAUGCGUACGUUGGGUUUGGUGUUAUUACGUGGUGAACAUAUCGUAUCAAUGACCAUCGAUGGACCUCCACCGAAAGACGAUGAAAGCGUUAAGCUACCGAAAGCAGGCGGAGCAGCAGGACCUGGUGUGGCUAAACCAGCUGGACGAGGUGUGCCCAUGGUACCUCCUGUUGCUGGCGCACCUCCACCAGGAUUACAAGGUGCUGUACGUGGUAUUGGAGGACCGGGAAUGUCAAUAAUGCAACCAGGGUAUGCGAUGCCACCACCAAUGCAAGGAAUGCCACCGCGACCACCAGGACCCUUCUGA